AUGACGAAAAUUUCGAGCGCUAAGAAUGCCAAAGACGUGUUGGAUAAAUACGAAUAUUUCUUGUUUGACUGUGAUGGAGUCAUUUGGCUAGGAAACCAUCUCCUUCCCUACGUCACAGAAACGUUGGCUCUUCUAAGGAGGAAUGGUAAGAAGAUUAUUUUUGUGACAAACAAUUCAACUAAGGCUAGAUCAGACUACGUUAAAAAAUUUAGAGAGAUUGGCAUCGAAGGUGUGACGAAGGAGGAGAUCUUUGGUUCAUCGUACGCUUCAGCUAUCUACGUUGACCAGAUAUUGAAGCUCCCAAAGCAAAAGAAGGUUUGGGUUCUCGGAGAAUCUGGAAUUGAGAAGGAACUCCAAGAAUUAGGGUAUGAAACAGUAGGAGGUUCAGAUCCGUAUUAUGUUAAAGACGGUGUCACCUUCAAUCCUGAGGACGAGGACCUUUUGCGUUUGGAUGAUGACGUAGGGGCUGUGGUGACCGGUUUGACCUUCAAUAUCAACUAUCUCAAGUUAUCUAUCACAAUCCAAUAUUUGCUCAAAGACAACAAAUCAAUUCCUUUUAUUGCGACUAACAUUGACUCAACUUUUCCAGUGAAAGGAAAGCUUUUAGCGGGUGCGGGCUCAAUCAUCAAGUCGGUUGCUUAUGCCAGCGGUCGCGAACCUGAUGCUAUUUGUGGCAAGCCGAACUCUUCGAUGAUGCAAUCGAUUUUCGCUGACAAUCCCGGCUUGAAAGCUCAACCUUCCAAGGGAUUGAUGAUUGGUGACAGAUUGAAUACUGAUAUGGAGUUCGGAAGAAGUAAUGGGUUAGACACUCUCUUGGUUUUCACAGGCAUUGAAAAUGAAGAGUCAGUUCUAAAACUUGAAGAGCCUAAGAAGCCCACAUACUACGCUGAGAAAUUGGGAGACAUCUAUUUACUUUUAAACGGCUCCAUUGAAUAG